AUGUUGACGGCGUCUCAACCCAGUCCCGCCUUUCCUCGCCCGUCCCCAUCGACCACAAACGUUCCCUCCCUCCGCCGCCCGGGCAGCAAAGAUGGCGACAAGCAAGCGAUAUGGGUUCCGAUGCUCAACCGAGCCUCGAAAGGCAAGGAUCUGUCCGAGAAACAACUCAUCGUCCUAGGCGGCACGCCCGACCAACAGCGCGAGUUCCUCGACCACUUGAACCCUCCUAACCUACGCCCUCGGUAUGCCAACAACGACAGAAGGCGGCAGCCACGCACGGCACCGAUAUCAAAUCGCUAUGCACUGGGCUACACAUACCACGAUGUGCUGGACGCGGAUCAGGAGGACGUCCUCGCCAGGCUGAAUGUAUACAUGCUUGCCCAUCCGUCGGCGAGCUUCGCACCGCUGCUCAAGCCGCUUCUCACGGCAAAGACGGUCAAGCACACCUUGAUCACCAUCCUCCUCGACUGGUCAGAUCCCUUGAAAUGGGCCAGGCAACUACGGCAGUGGAUCCGCUUACUCAGGGCCGUGAUCCUGACGUUGGACGAGCAGACGAAGAUAGAAAUGGAAGAGGUCAUAACUGCGUGGAAGGAGAAAAGAGUCGGUCCCGACGCACCUUCUGCACAACUGGGCGGCGGAGGCAAAGACCCCGCCGAGCAAAAGUCGGUCGUACCGCCGGGACCGGGCGAGUGGGAUGAAGGACUAGGGAUUCCACUGUCCGUGGUGUGUAUACAGGCCGAGAAGAUCCAGAACCUGGAGCGAGACUACGGCUGGGGCGAGGAUCAAUUUGACUUCUUGAUGCAGUGGCUCCGCUGCGUGUUACUCAAACAUGGCUCUUCAUUGGUAUACACCGCGACUUUCGACUCAAACAAUGUCCGGACGUUGAUCCAUUCGAGCCUGAGCAUCCACUCGCUCUUGAAACGAGAAGUCGCAAAGCACAACAUUGUCGACCGGGACAAGAUCCUCGUACCUCCGAACUGGGAUUCAUGGGGCAAGAUUCGCAUCUUGAAGGACGGAUUCGACCCCGAGGCCGUGGGGAAUGCGUGGUCCGUCGAGAUCCAGUCACCCCCUGACGAGAAAUUCGAUCUGUUAUCUAGACCGACAGCCGGUUCGGAGCAAGAUCACCCCACGGAAAACGGCGAGGACGCAGACUCAGCUGUACAUCUCUUCGAGUCGACCCUCCGUCAUCCCACCUCUGCGCCCCAGUCCUUCCAGCCACGCUCCCAGGAUGAAACGGUUUCGGUGCCCACCGUGCAAGAGUUCCUCCAAGCCCAAUAUGAAGUCCUUGAGAAACUGAAAGCCGAGGAUGAGAAGGCAGAGCGAAAGUCUCGCAAGGGAGCCCCUGCACCGACGGGGUCUGGUGUGGCAGGAAGUGUUGACGGUGGCAGCGAGGACGUGGGGCCCAAAGGCGUCAGUAAUCCAAGGAUGGCGGAACAUAUCGGCCCAUAUCAGAUUAAUGUGAACGGCAUUGAUUUUGACCCCGAGGAGGCGACAAGGCGGUUAAGGGAACGGGAGAGUGAGCGGCAGAAUGCGAAGAACCUGCCUUCUACGUCCGGUCCAGCGGGGACGAGUACCCCGAUGAGGAGGAUGGGGAGUGAUCUUGGCGGAGGCGGUAGCGAAGGCACACACACUCCUACAGCGAACGCGGCGGGAAAGCAGAGUAACGAGGCGAUGUCGCAGUUCUUUGCCAAUCUGAUCAACAAGAAGGACAAGAGGGCAGCUGGGGGUGCGAACGCCAGUGCCAGCGCCAGUCCCACGCGUGCACCGCAUGGGACUUCCGGUUCGCUUGUCCGGGGCAACAGUUCGAGGGAUAUCGGUGGAGAGGGGAGGAGGGAGAGCUGA